CAACAACCACACCCAAAGUGCUCAAACACCACUCCGCACAAGUCAACUACGUUUUGCUCCCCCGGCAUGCCUUCACCGUCACGCAAUCCCGUUGCGCCACCAGUGCCGCACUUACGGUAGCCGAACGCGGUGGGAGGGGUGAGAGUUCCCCACAACAGCGCUCAUUGUCAGCAGCUCUUCUACCAGCACGUUUGUGCCUCCUCAACCUGCAGAAAAGCCCUACUCCUCACGGACAAGAAGAGGACAUACCUGCCCUGUCAUAACAGUGCGACCUCAAGCAGACCCUCCAACGCCAUCAGUGCUAACAGCUCUUCUAGUUUGGUGAGCCCUUCUUUCCCCGCCGUCCCAGCAGGCAGGCAGCCAUGGCAGAUGGUCGGCAGCCAGAGGAGCACUGGGUCUCCAACGGCCAAGAGAACGGCGAGAACGGCUACAGCUACCGGGAGAACGGAUGCAACGGCGGUGGCGCCGCACAUCCCGAGACAACAGUGGAUGACUCAGCCAAUUUGCCUCCCUCCCCUCCUCCCUCGCCGUCCGCUGGGCAGAUCGGGCCGGCGGCACAAGAAGAUAAAGUAGAGCCUGUCAGUGCUCUCUCUGCGGAGGAGCGGCAGCAGGAUGAGGAGGAAGUUGCCGGUUGCCAGGAAGAAGUGACAUGUGAGCACCCGGGCUCUCUGCUUUUAGAGCAGACAGAUUUGGUAACAGAACCGCAGGCUUUAGGCUGCGAGCAAGUCCAAACACCCGAGGGUCUCAAUGGAGGAAGUCCUCACAGGGAGCAAAGUCCAUCCCAAGAAGUUCAAUCAGAAGAAAGUGUCCGAAUGGAGAUAACGGAGGCUGUGGAGGGCAAGGGAGCCACCUUUGCGAUUAAAUCCAAUUCAAACGUUGGUGCUGAAUUCAUGACCACAGGUGAUACUUGUAUGAAGUCGGGAUCAAAAACCUACUUUGAGUUGGUCACAGCAUCAGAUAUGGCGAUAAGUGAAGGUGAAGAUCAGCACGGCAAUGCAACAAGGGAAGUAAAAGCACAGAGAUCAAGAGCCUUGUCCGAAAGCUGGUCCCCAGUCACCAAAGGUUCAGAGAAAUGUUUCCCCGUGUUGCCUUCAUCUGAUUUAAUCAUAACCUUACCUGAGAAACACACCUACCAUCAACUACCUACUGAUCCACACACUUCUGAGCAAUCAAGCACCUAUUGUGAUACUUCAGACCGAGCAGGCGACCUCGCUCGCACCUCCCGGCAGAUUGAUGGCAUAAGACGAAAGUCAAUGCCCGCCAAUGUUCUCCGUAGCUCUUUGGCCAAUCUCACCCUUGGAGAGCAGACUUCAAACCUGCUGGGUGAUGAAAGACAACUGCAGGACCUGGGUUACUCUGGACCCAUGCCUUCCCCUGCUGACAAGCCGAGUCCAGAAGACUCGUCCUAUUCUUGUUUUCCUGCGAUAGAGGUCCAAGUGGACAAUCUUGGAGCUACUGAAGUGGAAGGUAGUCAUAAAGUGUUUAACCAUGGAAUAGCCCAAAAAGGGCCUGUACGGGUGAUACUUGAAAGGGCUGUGAACAUUGGAAUUAAACCGGAUCGCCUAAAAAUCCCAAAGACCACUCCAAAAGACAGACUGACCGAAUUACGUUUGGAGAGCGGUCUACCUGAUGAUGUGAAAAUCCAACCAAUUCCCGAAGUAGAUGUUGAAAGAGACUCCUCAAGAGAGGCCUCUCCUGUCCCGCCUGGUAGUUCCUUCAUAUUUACGUCUUUAGACACUGACAGUCAGGUUCCCUUGACUCUCACCUCACCCAAAAGCCUGGGUAGUGCCUCUGAAGGAAUACCAUUGUCUGGAGAGAAGACAAAGAAGGUGUCAGCUAAGCCUGAUGGGAUUAAUACCCGACCAAGAGAAAAACCUGAGCAGGAAAACAAGGGCAAAAAAAUGCCAGGUGAUCACGGGACCACUGCAAGAUCAGAAACAAGAGAAAUGGAGGAACUCCCCAAAGCCCUAAAGCCCUCAGAUGGGAAGAGUAUAUUCUACUUACAGAAAGACUCUCCUAAGCCACAAUUACCCUCUCCAAGUAUAAUUAUACCUCAAACACAAGUGGAAGAGGAUGAUGAUGCUGAGAUUGCUGAAGAGCCACAGGAGAUAAAAUAUGAUGCUGGAAUAAAUCUGCUCUCUAAAGAGGAUCAGGCUGAACCUGAGAUGCUUGAAUUGGAAAACCACAGCAUUGAGAAAUGCAACACCUCUGUGGGCUCUGAUGACCCAUCACUGCCACAGCGGCAAACGGGUAACGUGAAGGAGAUGCUUGGUUCGGAUGUUGAAGAGAAGAAGACAAAUACGGAGAACAGAUUUAACAGAAUAAGUCAGAAGUCGGAAGUCACCAGUCAAGCUGUUCAUGAAGAAGAAGCUGCGGACGUCCCACGCAGUAGUUGGAUUUGUUCAAAAGAUAAUGACAAAACUAUCAUGACAAAGCAAAUCGGCGCCCUUCCCCCAACCCGGGGUGUGCCCAGGGGGGACUCGCCCGCUAAACAGGCCCCUGGCAGAGGAAUUAAAGUAUCACGGAAAGUUCCCAACUUUCAUCCAAAAGAGGAGAUGAAGAAGAAAAAAGGUGUCGUGCGGAGGGCGGACCAUCAUAAGGUCUCCGCCCUCCAGAGUCGAAAAGGUGUAGCCAAAGCGGUGGCCAAACGCCCUCGGCCCGCUCCGCUUCACGCCCCUGCUAGACGCAAAGGCGUUGAAAGCAACCAGCCUUUAAGUGUCCACCAGUCCAGGGAGAGACCAACUCCUCUGUCUUUGCAUCUGUCUCGUCAGAGAAACUCUAGCCCCACACGGCCUGUUAUGUUAAAGAUGGCAUUGCAGCGCCAGGGGUCCGAUCAGCAAUUGCCCCGUCCCGCCUCUGCCUGUAGUCUUAAACGGGGCCCCCAGGUGGGGGCGGUGCUCAGUGAGACCCGCCCCACCUCUGCAUGCUCCCACCCUCUGCCAAAGGAGAGAGCGUACCGCAGCCCGGAGAAAAGGUCAUCUCUUCCAAGGCCGUCCAAGUCUCUGACCCGCCACCUUCCGGCUGCUGAACAAGAGGAGAGUAGUCCCUGCAGGCCAACUUCUUUCAGCACCGAGGCCAAGGCCGACAGCAGGUCUGGAAGGGCCCCUAGUACGGCAGGUACGGACUCGGGGCGUCCCUGGUCAGCCCGCAGCGGCACCUCCACCCCGGGCUCCUCGGCGGUCACGCCCGGCAGCCCCCCAAACUACUCCUGCCGCACGCCUGGCUCGCGCACCCCCGGCAGCCACACGCCCAAGUCCUUCAGCGUUCUGCAGGAGAAGAAGGUGGCCAUCAUUAGGACUCCGCCCAAGUCGCCUUCUUCGGCCCAGCGACAGCUGAAGGUUCUUAACCAGCCCCUUCCGGACCUCAAGAAUGUAAAAUCCAAGAUCGGCUCCACCGCCAACAUUAAACACCAACCCAAAGGUGGACAGGUGCUCAUUUUAAACGAGAAGGUGGACUUCAGUCAUGUUCAGUCAAAGUGCGGCUCCAAGGAUAAUCUGAAGCACACGCCCAAAGGAGGCAAUGUGAUGAUUCCGAGCGUUAAAUUGGACUUUAGCCAUGUUCAGGCUAAAUGUGGUUCCCUGAAUAAACUCCAGCAUGCCCCAGGCGGAGGAAACGUUCAAAUCCCGACCAAGAAAAUCGACUUGAGCCACAUCACUGCCAAGUGUGGCUCCAUGUCCAACAUCCGCCACAGGCCAGGCGGAGGAAACGUGCGAAUCGAGAAUGUGAAGCUGGACUUUAAAGACAAGGCUCUUCCCAAGGUCGGCUCAAUGGACAACGCCAGCCACAUGCCAGGAGGCGGGAAUGUGAUGAUUGAGAGCCACAAGCUGAGCUUCCGGGAGACCGCCAAAGCUCGGGUGGACCACGGCGCAGAGAUCGUCAUCACCCACUCCCCCGGGCUGGAGGCGGGCGGCACCUCUCCUCACAUGUCCUCCGCCGGCAGCAUCAACCAGCUGGAGUCGCCACAGCUCUGCACGCUGGCCCAAGACGUCACCGCCGCGCUGGCCAAGCAGGGCUUAUGAGCGACCUCCGUCCCGACCCGUCUCAAUCAUCCAGUGUUCUCCCAAGACCCGCCCUAGACCCUCCACGUCUGCUUCCCGGAGGGGUUUUAAAAAGGGAAUUCUCCGAUUGAUCUCCAUGCACCUGCUUUAAAAGUUAGUUUUUUUCCUUCUUUGGACUUUUUGUCUUUAUGCCCGAAAGAGGGCUCAAGAUUGUAUACAGUAAGAAGUGGAUCCAUAUGGCCCCAUUCGUUGCAAUUUACCUGACACAUGAAACGUGACAAAUUGGGGGUAGCUUUACCUACUUAAACCACCAGGUGGCAGAGUAUCUUAUAAUGUGUUUUAUGGCAAUUCCAACUUCGACCACAGCGUCAGUUUCUAUGCAGAGUGACGCUUUUCGUCAUUUUCAGCAGACUGCUUUGCAAAAUGAGAUCCACAAGUUAUGGGGCCAUAUGAAUCCCUUCCCUGCUGUAGUUUUUUUUUUUUUUUAAAGCAUUGUCGCAUUCCCUCCUCUUCAAGUCUUCUGCAGCUAUCUAGAAAAGGGAUAUGGAAACAUCAAAAAGCUACUAGCGUCCAAUCAGAGCGUCUGAUGAGCAUGUUUGUUAAAAUGUGUGACAUUUGAAGAAGAAAAAGAUUGUUUGCGAAUAUUUGCCGGCCUGUUUGGCGGACUUGUGUUUUAUGUUUUUAUAUAUUUCAAUGUAGUUUUGUACAUUGGACAGGCCUGCAGUCCUCAAUUAGGGGUCUUUAAUUUCCUAACUCCUUCUUUUUUCUGUUUGAAAAUGAGCCAAGGCACGGAGAAGACGAAAGUUCUUUUUGGAGCGGUGUGUUGUUCGAGCCCCUCGUGUCCCUUCCCUCCGCAGAGAAUGGGAAAAAAAAAAAAAAAGGGAAGCUGUAUGUGUUGUAUGUGAAAACAUUCCGUGGGAGGGAAAAAAAAGCAACUUUGAAAGUGUAAUGAAAGUAAAGCAGUCUGGUUGUUUUGCAGGAAAGAGUGUUAGGAUGCAUUCAUACUGUUCUUGUUGUGAAUGUCUGAUGUUUGUUACUUCCCUUUCAAUCGCUAUGUACGCCUGUGUAAGUGUAUUUAAAAAAAUGAAAAUACAAAAAAAUGUUUGCAAUGUUCUGAUGGGCAAAUGCUCACAUGAAAAACAAUAAAAUAAAGAACAUGAAAAAUG